UUAAUAAUAUUAGUUAGUAUGUUAGACAUUAAUUACAGUAACGUCGAUUAAAUAUUGCAUUUUCAUUUCAGAGUGUUUUUAUCUGUAAAAAAAUCACACCAAAGAAUGACUUCUGGACCAAACGCUGAUGACCGUUCCAGGUUUGCCAAACUCGGAAUGGCAAUAAACGAAGAAUUAACCCAGGCCUGUAGAGACGUCUUAGAAAUGGAGGUACCUCCUGGCCUUGUCUACAACAAAGUAAAAUCAUCAUCGGUUUAUAAAAACAUACGCCCCGAGCAAGAACUUCGUCUUAUAGGUGCCAAAACAGAUGGUUAUAAACAAUUUGAUAUUACAUUGUUAUAUACACUGAUAAGAAACAUAUGUACAAAGAUUCCUCGUCCAACAAAAGGUUGGGGUGGAAACACGAUGCCGGCAAUAGGACAAAUAACGACCGGUGAUGACGUCGAGAGAAUCAGAUUAAUACGAAACAGCAUGUUUGGACACAUAAGCUCGGCUUCUACCUCAAAGACAGAUUUUGAUAACACGUGGUCAGUCAUAACAGAUAUCUGCCAAAGAUUGCAAACGUGCACAAAGAAAGACUACAUGACUGGCCUUAGUAACAUUCAAAGACAGACCUUGGAAGAGGAAAACGAAACAACAGUCAUAGAAAAACUUAGAGAAGAUUAUAAGAAUAACCAAUGUUUAAUGGAAAAGAUGUCUUCCUUGGAGCAGGAUUUGUUAGAGUCGAAAUUAAAAUCGGAAAACAAAGAAAAUACACUGGUAAAAGACAUUCUCCAGAAUUGGCAAGAAGAAGACACUGCCUUCAUUCCUACAAGAGCAAGUGAAGUGGUUGAGGAAAAGCUUAAAAGUCAGAACCUAAUCGCGCUGGUUGGUAAUUCUGGUUCCGGAAAAUCUGCAAUAAUUCAACAUAUUGCUCUCAAGUAUGAAGAGCGUGGAUGGAAUGUCAUACCUGUGAAUAAGGUGGAAGAAAUAAAAACGAUCUGUUCAAAUGGAGUCUCAGAAACUCGGUUUUUAUUCAUUUUCAAUGAUCCUUUAGGCAAGGAAUCUUUGGAUGAAAUUUCAUAUCAUUCAUGGAAAAGUUUUGAGGAAAUGCUGGAGAUGUGCUUGAAGAGAAAUAAAUUAUUGAUUUCAUGUAGACGAUGCGUCUUUUAUGACAAGAGAGUCAAGGAUAUCCUAGUGGAUGAAUCUACUGCAGUAGAAAUUGACAACAAAGAAAAUGGGCUCACGGUUGAAGAGAAAAGAGCAAUUUUUUACCAGUAUUCACAGAAUAUGAAAUUAACCCAAAGUAUUGAAACUGAAAUACUCAAAACAGAUGCUUACUUUCCAUUGCUUUGUAAGCUUUUUUCAAGGGAGGCAAACUACAAAGAAAAAGGAGUUGAUUUAUUUAAAAAUCCAUACAAAUUUAUUAAACGGGAAAUUGAAAUUUGGAAGAAAACAGACAAAAAGAAAUUCUGCUCUCUUAUAUUGAUUGUAGCUUUUAAAAACAAUUUGAAUGUAGAUUCCAUUGUAAGAAGCGAUAUUUCCAUGAUGAAAUAUAAAGAAAUUUUAGGAAUGUGUGAGUUACAGGAAAACACACAUAUUUCAGUCAUUCGCUGCACUCUAAAUGAAUUGAAAGGAUCUUAUGUUAAACGUGUCGGACAUGGCUUCCAAUUCCUUCAUGACUUUAUUAUGGAGAUAACGACUUUGGUGUUUGGUGUUGAUUGUCCACAAGGGACCAUGCAGUACGCAGAUAGUGGUUUUCUACGACGCCGAGUGAGGAUAGAAGACGAUACAGAAGAAGAAGAAGAUCGCGACCCCUUUACUGUUUACCUGCCUGAAGAAUAUAUUGGUGAUCUUGUGGACAGGUUUAUCAUUGACAUGCAAACAGAACGCCUUGUAGAUGUUCUACUCAAUCCAUGUUUAAGGAAAGAGAGUGUCAUAAAAACCUUUAAAGAAAAGGUAGAUUCCCUUGAAAAACUACUUGUCAGAAUAAAAUGGAAAAUAGACAGAUCGGAAUUUCCAAAAGCAUUUGAAGGCGCCGCUGGUUUAUCAAAAAUUCGUUUCCUUAAUUGGAAAGAUGAAAUAUGCCCCUUGGUCGGAUUCAUUAUUUUUUGUCAUAAUGAUAUUUCUUCCUUUUUCUUAAAAAGUAUCUCUGAAACGCAGUUGAAGGAAUAUCCUAUAUUUUCCGCUUUGUGUGCAAAUAGCGAUUUAAACCUAAUAAAUUAUCUAAGCGAGGAAUUGAUAAAAACAUCAAUAAUGGAAAAGUGGGGUGGUGGUUAUUUACCAAUUCACAUUGCUUCUGUAUUCCAUAAUUUUUCAAUGAUUCGAGAAUUAGUAAAGUUUGCUGCUAAUGUCAACAACUUUACACCUCAUGGGAGCUGGACUCCAUUAAUAUUAGCUGCUUCAAAUGACGACGAACAUUUGAGAGAGACUGGACUUGGUACAAAUGAGGGAGAGAGACGUAAUAAAACCAUUCUUUGCCUAUUAAACAACGGUGCCGACAUCAAUCUGUGUAAUAAGAAUGGAUCAAGCCCUCUUCAUGGAGCUUGUGAAUUUGGGAAUGAUAGCUCGGUACAACUGUUACUGAACAACGGCUCCGACAUCAAUCUAAGUAACAAGAAUGGAUUCAGUCCUCUUUAUAAAGCUUGUCAAAAUGGACAUGCUAGUACGGCACAACUGUUACUGAGCAACGGUGCCGACAUCAAUUUAUGUAACAAUAAAGGAGUCAGUCCUCUUUAUAAAGCUUGUCAAAAAGGAUAUGAUAGCAUUGUUCAACUGUUACUGAAAGGCGGGGCCGACAUCAAUUUAUGUAACGAGAAUGGAGUUAGCCCUCUUAAUAUAGCUUGUGAAAAUGGACAUGCUGGCACAGCACAAUUGUUACUGAAAGGCGGGGCCGACAUCAAUUUAUGUAACAAGAAUAGAGUUAGCCCUCUUAAUAUAGCUUGUCAAAAUGGACAUGACAGCACUGUAAUACUUUUACUGAACAACGGUGCUGACAUAAAUUUAUGUGAUAAUGAAGGAACCAGCCCUCUUUUUACAGCUUGUUACAAUGAGCAUGUUAACAUGGUACAGCUAUUACUAAACAAGGAUGCUGACAUCAAUUUAUGUGAUUGUGAUGGCCUCAGUCCCCUACAUGCAGCUUCUCACGAUGGAUAUGAUAGCAUUGUUCAAUUGUUACUGAACAACGAUGCCGAAAUCAAUUUAUGUAACAAGAAUGGAACAAGUCCUCUGUAUGUAGCUUGUCAGAAUAGACAUGAUAGCACGGUACAACUGCUACUGAACAACGGUGCCGACAUCAAUUUAUGUAACAAGAAAGGAGCAAGUCCAUUCUAUAUGGCUUGUCUAAAUGAGCAUGAAAGCAUGGUGCAGUUAUUACUAAAUAAAGGUGCCGAUAUCAAUUUAUGUUUUGAUAAUGGACCCAGUCCCCUUUAUAUGGCUUGUUACAAUGGGCACGAUGGCAUGGUACAACUGCUAGCAAACAACGGUGCCAAUCUUAAUUUAAGUGACAAUGAUGGAGUCAGUCCUCUGUAUUUAGCUUGUCAAGAUGGACAUGAUGACAGAGUACAACUGUUACUGAGCAAUGGUGCCGACAUCAAUUUAUGUAAUAAUUAUGGAGUCACUCCUCUCCACGUUGCUUGCUAUUAUGGAUAUAUUAGCACGGUACAACUGUUGCUUAAAAACGGCGCAAAUAUCAAUUUGUGUGACAAAAGUGGAGCAAGCGCUUUGUGGAUUGCUUGUCUAAAUGAACAUAAUAGCACGGUACAACUGUUACUGGAUAAAGGUGCAGACAUGAAAUGGAACAAGUCCUCUUUAUUUAGCUCGUCAAAAGGGAUACGACAGCACGGUACAACUGCUACUUAA